CUUGAUUUGAAUACACUACUUUCGGUUUCACAAUAUGUUGUUACAAAAAUGUUGUGCAAUUUGGUGUGUAAGAUCCUGGUACAUCUAGAAUAAAUAGGUCGUUAAAAAUAGAAAAUUAUUAUUAGAUAGAUAUUUGUGUCUAUGAAGACACUGAUGUGAAGAGGAAAAAGACGCAAACGAAAAAUACAGAAUGGAGACCAGUUCAUCUGAAGAAAUUAACAAUGUUGUAGGAGACGAUUUAUUGAGAGAUCUUAGUAACAAAAACAGAAAUGCAGAUGACAAUUCUGAAAGAUGCCUUACUAUGGACAACAAACCAGAUUGUACAAAAGAAAUCAAUGAAUCUGUUAACUCCCAGCCUGCUGAGGAAGGUUAUCAAAGUAAGGGAGGUAUACCAGAGGUUGAUAAAGGUGGAGUAGGUAUACCAAAGGGUGAUAAAGGUGGAGGAGGUAUACAAGAGGGUGAUAAUAGUGGAGGAAGUAUACCAGAGGGUGAUAAUAGUGGAGGAGGUAUACAUGAGGUUGAUAGAAGUGGAGGAGGUAUACCAGAGGGUGAUAAAGGUGGAGUAGGUAUACCAGAGGGUGAAAAUAGUGGAGGAGGUAUACCAGAGGCUGAUAAAGAGAAACAAAGUGAAACCCUGAGACAAAAAUCUGAUGAGGAUGCUCUCAUUCAAAAUAAAGAUUCACAUGAUAAUGGUUCAAAUAUUACACCUAACAUGAACAAUGACUUUGAUGGAAACCAGUAUUCUCAUGCAGUUGAAGUAAAAGAUACAUGUACAACAAUAUCAGUUCCAGGUAAUUUGAUGAUUAUUGAUGUUACUAGUACACCGUCAGAAAACUUGCAGGAUAGUGUACAAGAAAGGCAUGAAACUGGUCAGUCGGAAAGUAAAAUGAAAGAUGCUAGUAAACCUGCAGGUACUGCAAACGGUAAUAAAGUCCCAUCUAAGGAAAGGGAAGAUGCUCUUGCAGCUUUAAGGCAGGGACAAACUUAUGAUGAAGAGGAAGACUUUGAAGAAGAUUAUUUUGAUGUUGAGAAAUUUAACAAAGCCAGAGAGAAUUAUGUUUACUUUUGGAAAAAUUAUGAUAUUUACAGCCAGUGGCAUAGCUCAGUUUUCUACGUCAAUGGCAAGAAAUUUUGUAAUGCAGAGCAGUAUAUGAUGUUUAAGAAAGCAGAGUUAUUUGAAGAUAGAGAGAUUGCUAACCAAAUUUUGAAGUGCAAAGAUCCCAAGAAGAUAAAAGCUUUUGGGCGGAAAGUAAGGGGAUUUAAUCAGGAAAUAUGGCAACAGCAUUGUUUAUAUAUUGUCAAAGAAGGAAAUAGGGAAAAGUUUUUACAAAACAACGAUUAUCUGGCAGACCUACUAUUGACAUAUCCAAAAGUUCUUGUUGAAGCUAGUCCAUAUGAUACUAUAUGGGGUAUAGGGCUAACUGAAGACUCUCCGGAAGCUUGGGAUGAAAGCACAUGGCAAGGAUCAAACUAUUUAGGAUAUGUAAUUACUGAGGUUCGAGAUGAUAUAAUGGUGGAACGUGGUAUGAUUGAAGACGAAGACAGACAGAAGUAUAUAGAAACAUUGUUAGCAGCUUCAGGAUACGCAUAUGGGUAUGACAGCUACAUGGAGGGAGGCGAAGCAAGGCAAGGGCAUGCUGGACAUACAGGCGGAAAUACUGAGCAUGAUGAACACACAAAAGGUCAUGAUGCCAAAAAAGAAACAUACUUCCUGUUUGACAGGGGCAUUUUCAGUCAGUUUUACCCAAGUCACUUCGUGGUUGAUGAUGUAGAUUUUUCGUCUGCUGAACAAUAUAUGAUGUACAAGAAAGCAAUGUUGUUCAAUGAUGAUAAAGCUGCGAAGGAAAUUUUAGCUAAAACUGAGCCGAAAAAGAUCAAGAAAUUGGGUCGGCAAGUGAAAGGGUUUGAUGAAGAAAAAUGGCAGAAAGAGUGCCUUUAUAUUGUCAAGAAAGGAAACAUGGAAAAGUUUUCUCAAAAUGAAAAAUUGAGAAAAGCUAUUGUGACAACAUACCCAAAAGUUUUUGCUGAGGCAAAUCCUUACGAUAAAAUAUGGGGAAUUGGUCUGAAAAUCAGAGACCCAAAAGCAGACAAAAGACACACAUGGCAGGGGAGAAAUUUCCUUGGUUACAUUUUGACUGAAGUCCGCGAUGAACUUUUGAAUAAAUGGGGACUGCUAAAGGAGGAAAAAGUAUCGAAAUAUAUUGAGAAGCUACAAAAAGAUUGGGUUGAUGAUUUAACUAAAAAUGAUCCACACACCACCACACCAGAGACAGACUAUCCCAUGGAAGCCAAAGUUGACAGCUGGUGGGAAAAUAGUCAUGAAGAUCUAAAUCUAAGAAAUAAAGAUAAUUUCAGCACUGAACAUAAUGACAAUGGUAAAGAUGACAGGAAUACAAAACAUGCUGUUGAUCACAAAAAACAUAAUGAUGAUGUUCACCAUGGGAAUUAUUUCUCUAAACAUGUUGAUGACCAUACAAAACAUAAUGAUAAUAAUAAAGAGGACAACAAACAAUCCUCAAAACAAAGGGGUGACCAUCAACAUCAUGGGAGAAACUUCAAAAAGAAUGAAGACAUAAGGAAAGAAACUGGAGAUAGAAAUAAAUCAAGGACCAAAGAUAAAGAUAGUAAAGAGAAAAGAAAUCGUUCACCAUUGAGAAAUGAGACAGCAAUUCCUAAGACAGAUAACAAACGUUCUGUUGGUAAAGAAAAGGAUUCAUCGUUAAACAUAGGACAUAAACUAGCAACACAUGCUGAUAGAGAUAGUACAGUUAUGGAAAAAACUGUAAAAUCAAAUCAAGGUAAUAAAAAAGGAGAAAAUGUUCAGAAACAAAAUAAGGAUAACGGAAAGCAAGAAAUUGUUGUUGAAGACUUUGAUAUACGAGUUGUAAUGGCUGCUUAUUCAAGUAAUGAUCAGGUAAUAGACAAGAAACCUGAAUCAGCAUCAAAUAAAAAAGGAAGUAAGAAAGGACAGUCUCAGCAUGAUGACAAACAUUCAGAAGAGAUUCAUGAACCUUUAACUGAUAGAGCUGAAGGAAUGCCCUGCCAAGAUAAGUCUAGAAGAAGAAGGAAGAAUGCAAGUAAGAAAAGGAAAUGACUAAGACAUUGUUGUUGUUGUUGCUGUUGAUGAUAAUGAUUAUAUUUUCAAUGUUUCAAAAUAGCAAUAAUUAUUAUUUGCUGUCAACAAAUGUUCGGAUGAAUGGAUUAUGUUCACAUAUAAAUAUAUUACUAUAGUCUGACUUGAGCUAUUCAAUGGUUACUUCUGAGUAGUGGUCACUUGCCAACAACAGUCAUGCUAAUUCCCCAUGAAAAUCCCGAUUUAAAUGGCCAUGGAGAGUGGUCACUUGCUGUGUACAGCCAGCGGUCAAUUGAAUAGGCUUCCUUUUGGCCAUUUUGAACCCAAACAAUGGUCAGUGUCACUUUGUUGACAUCAUGAUGUGACAAGAUGUGAAUAAUUCAAUGAAUAACUCAAUGUUGCGUAUCAUUAAUUGAUAUUGCUUGUUUAGACACGCUUGAUUGUAACAUAUUCAAACUGACAAAACCUUUUGCUUUUAAUUGAUGGAUGUGCUCGUUUGAAUUUAAUUGAGUGAAACGAUUUUUUUUAUAAAUCAAGCAAGUACAAAGUGGAAGUUACAAUUGUAAUCAGCACUAGGAAACAAAACAAAAUGCUGUGAUUGGGAUUAAUAGAAGUGAUAUCUAAAAUGACCAUAAACAGUUAAUAUCAAGCUUUAUAUUCCUCAGUUAAAAAAUCAAAAUACACCAUAAGUUUCUGACAAGAAGUUUUUUCUGAAAAUUAGAUCUUUAAAUAGACUAAAUUGAUCGUGACCUUUACUCAUAAAUGACCUUGAGAAACAAAUUAUUUGAUUUCUCUUGAUUUUUGCUAUAACUGACUAUUACUUUGUUAUUUAUGAAUUGAUUGUCUUCAAACUUGAAGAAAACUUUAUUUUGGUCCUUGACUCAUAAUUAACCUGAAUCUUAUAGGUUCAAUUAUUGAAAAUUCACUGUUUCUUUCUAAAACUGAAAGAAUCAAGUUGAUUUUCUUCAUACACAACAAUCCUUUGAACAAGACAUUUCAGAAAAUCUUAAUUGACUGACCUUCAUUUGACCUUGCAAUUUAAGUUGACAUUGAAAUUUGCAUUUAUUCAUGGAUGUGAUUUAUGUAUUUUUAUGUAUAUUUAUUUACUUGGACAAAAGAGCACUUACGUGUACUACAAAACUUACAUGAUGAAUAAUUUAAAUAGGACUUUUAAAUGACAUUGAUUGUCAAGGACAAAUUAUUGAAUUAAGCAUAAAUUGUCCAUACCUUUGUUACAUUUUUUACAGAUUUGAUUCCUUCUUGGACAAAGGAAUACUUAUGACAAGACCGACUUGUUGAAUGCGUCAAAUAUGACAGUGACCUUCAAUUAUCCUUGACCAUCAAGAUCAAAUUAUUGUAUUUUGCUUAAAUUGUCAUAAUUGUUAUUUAUUUACUGAUCUGUUUCAUUCUUGGACAAAAGAACGCUAUACUGAUACGAUUAAUAGGUCAAAUAUGACUUUGGCACAUAAAUUACUUAGACUGUCAAGGUCAAAUUAUUGAAUUUAGCUCUGACUAUCAUCACUGUUAUGACAUGUUGAAUAUUUCAUGUAUGACAACCCUUAAAUGACCAAAUGUUUAAAUUGUCAUAGCUAUGUAAUUUAUGUAUGGAUUGGAUCAUGCUUGGACAACACCACAUAUGACACAAUAGAUGUGUAGUGACCUCACAAUGAUCUUAAUUGUCAAUGUAGAAUUAUUGAAUUUUGCCUAAAUGAUCAUUUGAUAAUGUUUAUACAGGUUUGAUUUUUAACAGUACAAUAUACACACUUAUUGCAAAAUUGACUUAAGUUACUUUUCAAGGUUGACAUUGACCUCAAAAUAACCUUAUCUGUUUUUCAGGGUGUGAGAAUUCUUUGCUUCAAUUUUGUUCCUCAGGUGUUUUGAUUUAGAAAUAAAAAAAGUAAAGCUUGAACCCCCCCCCCUCCCCCCCAAAAAAAAAACCUUGCAUAGAAGUGGUAGAAGUGGCUCUAUUUAGCUCACCUACCACAAAGUGACAUUGUGAGCUUUCGUGAUCGCAAUUCGUCCAGUCUGCGUCCAUCUGUCUAUCUGUCAUCAGUCCGUCCUUAAACUUUUACUAUAAAUGACAUCAUAUAAACCUUUCAGCAUAUUUCAUCCAAACUUUACAGGAAUGUUUCUUGGGUGGUCACCAUUGAAAAUCGUUCAAAGAAUUGAAUUCCAUGCAGAACUCCGGUUGACAUAGCAAUGGAAAGAAAAAAAAUAAAAAAUCUUCUUUUAAAAACCCAAUUCAAAGUGCUAAAGCUUAGAUUUUCAGCAUGAAACAUCUUCUAGUGGAUUUCUACAAAUUUUGUUAAAUAAAAGCCCUGGGGUCAAAAUUGGCCCUGCCCAAAGGUGUAAUUGAUUUUCCUUAUAUGUAUACUGUAAAAAAAUUGAAAAAAAAAUCUUCUCUUAAUCUACAAGAGCUAAAUCUUAGUUUCCAUAGCAACCAGUGACUUCAUAGCAGCCAUUGACUUUCCAUAGAAAACUGUAAAUUUUUAAAGCAAACUUUAACUCUCCAAAGCAACGAUUGAAUCUACCAUUCAAUUUCAGAGCAGGCACUGACUUCCAAAGAAACCAUUUAUUUUGUAUAGCAAGCAGUGACAUCUUAAACUGUAGUUUUCCCUUAGAAAUAGCAACAGGGUAAGAUUUUACAAGUACACUAUUUCAGAUACAAAAAUGAACUUUGUGAUAUCAGUCAAAGAUCUAGAUUUUAUUUAUGCUUUCAUUUAUAGUUUUCAAUAUCACUUGUUCUUUGUCAUGUCGAAUAUUUAUAUUCAGGUGCGCGAUAUUCGGGCCAUCAUGGCCCUCUUGUUUCUGGUAUAUAUAUUUUUCUUUUUGAUUGUCUUUGUUAUGUUUUUGUUGGUAUGUAUGGCUAGUAAAAGACAUUAAAAUUACAAACUAUA